AUGUCCUCCCCGACCGCUCCCUCCACCCCUCCUGCGCAACCAACCGUUAAGCACGGCGUGCGCCGCUCCCUGACCCUGCCUACGCGCCUGGCCGGCUCGAGCCCCUCGGCGCAGGCGCCUGGAUCUGCGGACGGCAUCGAGAUCCUGUUCAAUCACAGCUUUGCCAAGAUCGUGCUCUUCACGACCGCAUCGUCGCUAUCUCGGCCUUCGUCUAGCGCUAGCCACCGGCCGGCCUUAGGGGACAAUGGCCACCCAGACGCAAUCCCCUGGACGUCGCCGACGGAGAGCACCGUUGCUGCUGGACCCAUCCGAAUCUACCGCGUCCCCGGAUCUGUCGCAUUCCUGCACUCUGGCUCCCUGCUGCACGCCAUCCUGCCCAAGUCGCAAUGCUGGUGCGUCGAUGGCGUAUCCAAGUUCGCCAUGCGCAUACCCCGCCCCAGCUCGUACUACCGCAUCGAGCUUCCGGGCGAAGGAGCGGAGAACCUGGCAAAGGUCGAGGAAUUCAAGGCCGUGAUGGCGAAGGUCCUUUUGUAUGAAAGGACUCUCUGCCCGUUUGCGCGUGGCUUUCACGUGGAGAUUCCGCAGGCGCCGGCGACACCGCCACGUAAACGGAGGCCUGUAACACCAGGCAGGGCCAAGAAGUGGAAGCUCGACGGUGUCUGGAGACCCGAGGACGGAGAGAGACCGGCGAGCCAGGGAACCGAGAACUCAUAUGCCUCGGAAAACAGCACGACUUCUGCAUCCUCGGAUCCUUUCAGACGCAGCAGUGUCUUUUCGGCAUCCUCUGUCGCCAGCUCCGUUGUCGAAAACGAGACUCCAUCCGAGGACGGCUUUUCGGAGAAGUCUGCCGGACGGCGAGCCCUCAAACCCAACAUGAGGCAUUCCGAGGGCUCGAGAUCUGUGACUGCACCCGUCCAGCUGAGCCUCAGGUCGGCGUCAAGGGCUUCGCUUGGCGCCUCAGCCGAAGAAGAAUCGUCUGAUGGCAAUUCCGAUGCUGCAAGCAUCUCUUCCACUGCGGACUCGACUUCGGACUCUUUCUAUUCACUGAGCAACGAAUCGCAUAUGCGAGAGCUGCAAUCCCGACAGGCAUCCAUGUAUUUCGAUGCCGCCUCGAUCCGGCGAGACACCCCGUCUUCGCAGGCGGUGGAUGGGGGGUCUGAAUAUCGUCUGGACUCCAGCCCAGGCAGACGCCAUAAGCGUGAGAUGUCGGAGCUGACCAUCACCGGUCGGGUGCACCUGAGCGAGGACGAGCGGUCGCCGUUUACGCCGUCGCCUCGUGCCGAAGACGGGCCAAGUUCAGCCCCGCCGACGCCGACGCUGACCAGUGACUCGGAUUCGGCCGUGGACAUGAGCUAUCCAGAUAUCGACCCUCCGCCAGAGUCGAUCAGGCUGCGGCGUCUGACAAGCACGUCUCAUCUGCGAGGCUUGUCACCGAUGCCUCACCCGGCCAAUCUCUUCACUCCGCCGGCGCAGGCGCAUCCCAGGAAGGAGUACACGAGCGCCAUCAUGCAGAAGACCAUGGGGAUCCUGAUCGGGCCGCCUGCACACCUGGUCGCGCUCAUGCUAAGCAUCGCGGCACGUAUCGCGACCGGGGUGUUCACGCCGGAUUCGUGGAGCUUGCGCCGAGCGAAGAAGAUUCCGGGAGCAUGGCAGUGGAGCGAGGAUGAGGCGGACGAAUGGGAGGAUGAGGAUGAUUACGGCAUCCCCCUCGGAAAUAUCAGGACGAGAGAGACGGAUGCGUCGGACGUCGACUGA